GAGUAAAUAUGACAUAUUUACUUUUCCCUGAGUGCCUCUUUUAUACUCUCAUCACCUGCUCGCUUGGGUUUCCUGCCCUAGGUGUUUGAAAGAUUUAAUAUUUCAUUGUGAUGCUGUUUGUAAUUUAUUCCUUCAAGUUGUGACUCAUUUUGCUUUUACUUUUUCUCACCAGAGCACUAGAUUGUUACUGUCAUCUUGCUUUGCACAUUAUUAUUUAUCGCCUGAGCUGCAAGACUCUUUCUGAUACGGGAACCUGGUGAACACCUGCCUGUAUUUAGCUUCUUAAGUUAAUGCUCCUAGCCCUUAUUUGAAAUCUCUCUGUUGCCUCAGCAGAAAUUUGGCUUUUCACUGGUGCUCUCCAACCCUCGGGGCCUAGAUCCUGGUUUUCUUCUCCUCCUCUGUGUUUCUUACCCAUCUCCUUCACAAUGCAGAUAUUGAGACAUCUAAAAUUUUCUCUGUUUGUGCUUCCCAGUGUGAUAUUCACCUCCUUCCCAUGGGAAGCAGCCAAGUCUGCUCAUGUGUGAUACUCCUCUGUCAUUCUGUGUGAGCACAUGAGAUGCUGGAGCUGGUGUGCAUGCAUACACUUUUUGUGGGGAGCACAGCUGCCUGGCCAGAGGGCUGAAGAGACUAAAUCCGCACUGGAAUGGAGAGAAGCUCUACCAGAAGGCAUGAGAGGUCCUGGGAGCCAUGAUCCAAGUACCAGCCACCACAUCAUGUGUCCUGGCUCUGCUGCCAUGUCUUGCAGUCUCACAGGAAUAACGUGAUGGGCUUUGUCCGUGUGGGGUGUCCAAAGGGUACAGUAUUUUAGGUUGCAAAAUCUUUCAAUCAGCCCCUUUCUCCCAAAGCAAAAUCACAUGGAGAUACCUGAAAUAACAAGCACAGAGGGGUCCCCCUGAAACUUUGAUGUCCCUCUACUGUUAAAUUUCCAAAUAGCUUGAUGGGUUUAACUGCACAAUUUUACUUGAGAAACAUGGGGACAGAAAAGUCAGAGGAAAAGUUUUUCUAACCAUUGUUUUGUACAGGAUAAAAAUGGUACUGGAGAUUUGGAUUAAAACUCCUCUGGAUUGUGAGUCUCCUCCUCUCAAGAAGCCCCAUGUGUUAGCCCCAUGGCAUUCCUCUGUCCCUACUGCUUUGAGGCAAAGAGCCCCUUGGGACCAUGCUGCCACCUGAAUGAGAUUGUAAGGUUUUUGCGCAUGUCAUUCCUGCCACUCAAAUACAUCUUUGGUGUCAAGAUAGUGGUGAAGGGCAAGGAGAACCUCAGGUCUAAGAAACCUUUUGUCCUCGUGAUGAAUCACCAGACCUCCCUUGACAUUAUGGUGAUGAUGGAGAUAUUACCAAGUCGCUGUGUGCCUAUUGCAAAGAAGGAAAUCCUAUACAUGGGCACUUUUGGCCUAGCGUGCUGGCUUUCAGGACUCAUUUUCAUUGACCGCAAGAAGAGGGAAGAGUCUAUCACUAUCCUGACAGAGGUGGCUCAUUCCCUGUACCAAGAAAAUUUCCGCGUCUUGAUCUUCCCUGAAGGAACGCGCAAUCAUGGUGGUGCCAUGUUGCCCUUCAAACGUGGGGCCUUCCAGCUGGCUGUGAAAGCCCAGGUCCCCAUUAUUCCUGUAGUGAUCUCUUCCUACUGCAACUUCUACAACCAGAAGGAGAAGAGGUUCACACGAGGAAAAAGCAUCAUCCAGAUCCUGCCAGAAGUGAAGACUCUUGGCCUGGGCCCCGAUGAUGUUCCCAAGCUCACCGAGCAGGUCCGUGACUCCAUGCUCACCACCUAUCAGGAGAUAUCAGGAAUGACGAACAGGGCUUCCCAUUAGCGAUCCUAUAUUCCAGCUCCUGCUAUGUGUGUAGCAGCUGGUGGGGAGGGCAUGGCAACCACAAGAAGGUCUGGCAGCAGAGACAACCAUGGAUUGCAACCCUAAUGUAUCAGAGACAGGAAAAACAUCCAUAGAGGAAGGAAAGCUUGUAAGUGGAGGUGGUGAAACAUUUACCAUGUUCCUUCCAGAGAACUGUGCCACCUGCAUGGACAGACACAUGGUGAUUAGCUGGAUAUUUCUUUGUAAUUGUAACCCUGAGAACUUCUCUCCAGCUGGACUCAGGCAAAGCUGGACCCUUGCUGUUAUCAUCACUGUGUUUUGAAUAGGAAAUCAACAUUUCCUAUUCAAAACUAACAAGGUGGAGGCAUUUAUCCGAAGCGUGUGACCAUCCUGCCUGGGGAAGUGGCUGUCUUGGGGUUUGAGGGCUGUCUCAUUCCCCAGGAAGCACACUCAGGAGAAGGCACUGUCUCCUACCUCUUUCUGUGGGGAGGACUUGGGAAGCACCUCUGUCACAGGAAGAGAAUUUAAGAUCUUACAGGUGUCUGCAGGGCUCAGUGAUUUCUUUGUUUUUCUUAGCCUUCCGUUUAAGCAAACCAAGAUUUGUGUUCAGUGGUUGGGCAGAUCUUGAAAGUGUGAGGGGAGCAUAGCUGGAAACUCGGAAACCAGAGGCAAACAAACAGCGAAAUGUGUUGCUUCACAUCCUUCCAUGCCCUGAUAAUCCCAUGAUAACAACCCCAUGAUAACCCCAUGAUAACAACUAAUAUAUUUUUCAACUCAAAUACACUUUGAGAGCUGCAGCUCCUGGUUUCUGGA